UACUUGAUUGAAGAAAAAGCGAAAGUGAACCAACUGGUCAUUAUCAAAUCUGUAAACCUAAAUGAAUGUGAAGAACGUGAGAGGAUGGUCACUGGAAACGCGUAUUUCGACACAUGCCCCUUGUGCAAACAGAGAAACAAUAAUUUCCGAGCAGCUGCGACCUACAGCUAUAACGUGAAAGGAACAAAUACGGGUGGACGUCUCCUGAGGGCGGAAGUGCGAGAAGUUCACCAGUUCACGCCGUUCAAUGAAAUCGAUGGAGCGGUGGUGGUAGAGGCAAGGCAGAGACUUGUAUUAGCUACAGUUCAAGAGCAGAUUCAUUCGACCCCAGAGAAUAAUGACUAUAUUACCAAAGAGUCGCUACGGUAUCACUUUGAGAGGAAACUGAUUCAAACUCCUAUUCAGUUGUUAAGAACAAAAAAUGCAGAGAACCAGAUUACUACUCUCCUGCAACAUUUGGUGGAACACAACAUGGGACCACUUUCAAAGGUCUCUCCAAUAAAGUUUCUGCAAUUGGUACAACAUUUACGGAAGGCAAGCAUGGAGGAAAUUGAAGGCCUAUGGGAGAGUUUUUCAGGAAGGCUGCAUUACAGGCGUUGGAUAUUAGAUGCUAUUCCAGCCAUCGGAAACCAUUUCUCACUAAGGUUUCUAAAACUGAAACUGAAGGAACUGUCAGAGUUUGAAGCAGCACAGGCUGUACCGCUGGCCUUACAUUUAAUUAAAGCGGAUGGUGAAGCAAUAGCCGAAGCUAAGGCCUUGCUUGAGGCUGUUAACGCCCACUGUGGCUCUCUAGUACGGAAGGUGGGCUAUCUGGCCUACGGAUCGCUGGUCCACAAAUUCUGCAGCCAGACACAAUAUUGCACAGAAGAAGCUCUGCAGCCACUCCAUAAUUUGCUAGCGGAAGCCAAUGAGGCAGUGGAUAUGAUGGACAUCAUUCUGGCCCUUAAAGGUCUGGGGAAUUCUGCACAAGCAGCCAGCAUUAAGAAGAUUCUGAAGUUCCUUCCAAGAAUAAUAUCCACGGCCUCCAACCUACCUUUACCUGUGCAAGUCGCAGCUUCUCUGGCCCUGAGGAACAUCGCAAAAAAACACCCUAUAAAGAUCCUGGAUAUUUGCCAAGAGUUGUAUAUGGACAUCCAGCAGCACCCAAUCAUCCGAAGCAUUGCGGCAAGUAUUAUCCUGGACAAUAAGCCCUCUCCCGCUAUUGUCAUGAUGAUAGCAAAAUCGCUCAUGAAAGAAGCUGACAUGGAAGUGGGAAGUUACGUCUAUUCUCUGAUGAAGAAGUUCAGUAGAAGCGCUCACCCUGCGCUACAUGAAGUGGCUGCUAUUUGCAAUAUGGCUGUUGAAGUGUUGAAGUCCAGAUUUGAAGCCACACAGAGCCAUUAUAGUAGUGGAUUAUUUUAUGAUAUAUAUUCAGAUUCACUCAAGUCAGGAUUGCAAGGCAUAUUUAACAUCCUGCCCAAAGCUGCUGAUGUUUUCCCGGCCGCUGCUAUUGGUAGGCUCAAAAUGCACUUCAUGGGUGUUUUCACUGAACUGCUUGAGAUCGGCUACCAUGCUGAAGGCCUUCAGGAAUUAUUAAUGAACAGACACUUAUUCUCCUCUGGAAGCGGGCUGAACAAUAUAAAGAAAAUUAUGGAUAUGCUCAAGAAGCUACACGACUGGAAAGCGUUACCUUGGGAUGAACCUCUGGUUUUUGCGCACUUUAAAAUGUUUGGACAAGAACUUUUCUAUCAAGAAUUUAACAAACACUCAAUAGAAAACAUCCUCAAGUUUUUCUCUAGUGGAAAGUGUGCUUUAUUACAAGCAGCUGUAAAGGCUCUGCAGACGGGUCUGGAAAUACGCUGGUCUAAGCCUUUACUGUCGAGUGAAAAUCGUCGUAUCGUCCCAACGUGUGUGGGUCUGCCACUGGAAACCAACCUGUACUAUUCAUCAGUUACAAGGGUGCAAUUACAAGCUCAGUCUCACAUCACUCCAGAGCCAAAAGAUGAUGUAAGGAUUCUCCAGUUACUUGAAUCUAACAUUAAUCUGAAGGCAAAGCUUUCCUUAAGUAUGACUAAGGAUAUAGUGUUCAUGAUUGGGGUCAACACCAACCUGAUCCAAGCCGGAUUGGAGCAAAGAACACAGGUCAGCCUUGUAUUGCCGGCAAAUGUGGACGUGAACUUGAACAUUGGGCAAAAACACUUCAAGAUGGAUUUUAUUCCAGAGCUGCCAGACAAUGAACUCUUUGCCAUAAGGUCAAAAGCGUUCGUUGUAACCAGAAACUCGGAGGAUUUAGCGGCAGCAAAGAUGACUCCUAUUGUAGCAGCUGGAACAGAACCAAACGUACUAAAAAAGACCUUCAGUCCGAAAGGAUUGUCAGCUGGGGACGCUUCAAGGGCCAAGGGAAAGUUUUCUGACGAAGUUUUGAGCACAGAGAACGCGUACUGGUCGGAGCCGCUGCGAAGGCGUCCGCGGCUGUCCGAUGUAUCCGCGUGCGCCAAGGCUGGGGAUUUGGGUUUUCAAGUUUGUUUCAUUGAAAACAGCCUGACGGCUGCCUUUGUCUGCAACUGCCCCCUUUAUCACAUCAUUGGAGAUCAUUCUGUGAAAGUGCUGGUUAAGCCAGUGCACACGGGUGCCUCAGUCGAGAAAAUACAAAUAGAAUUUCAAGCAGGGCCUGGGGCAACGAUGAAAAUGGUGCGUUCAGUUAAUGUUCGUAGAGCUGACGGUGGAAUACAAGAGCUGGAAAACCCAAUAGACCGCGUGGCUCUUUCAAAGCUGCAGAAGAUUCUUGGCACUAGUGAGAUUACGCAAAAGGUUGGUUCAAGAAAUAGCUCAUUAUCAAAUGAAAGUUCCUUGAAUUCUGGGAAUACGUCACAAUUUUCACCUGGGUCUGAAUCCUCAAAAAGGGCCAAUGCAAGCACAGCUAGCCAAGAAAAGCAAAGACUCCAAAAUGGAACAAAGGGUGGAGGACACCAACACAAAUCUCACCGACAUUCCGCACAAGAAACACAACAUGAAAUAUAUCCGCAUCAUCCAGGAAAGCACAAGCGUCGGGACAAGAAAAAAGAAAUGGAAAUCCAUUGCAAAUGCUGGCCAGAAAACAUAGACCACCACAAUCCUUCCCGUGAGAGAUGGGAAGAGGAGCACCAUCCGAAAGUCCAACAUACAACCAAAGGCCGUUACAGCAAGGAGCAACAUCAGACGCCUCACAAGGGUCAAUAUGAAAGUAGGGAAAAGGGCCAUCAAAAUAAACACCAUGAAGGUGAAAGAGACAGACAACACAAAGGAGAACAUGAAAGAGGAAAUCAAGGGGAACAUCAAAUCCAUAAACAUGAACAAGGAGAAGCAAAACAACAACACUCAGGCCAUCAUGAAGCCGUACAACAGCACCAAGAUAAAUACCAACAUACAAAGGGAGGACCUGAUAGUAAGCAAAAAGGCCAUCAGAGCAAAGGGCAACAUGGGACACAUCACAAGGGUGAAUAUAAAAGAAGGGAAAAUGGCAGUCAACAAAAACACCAUGAAAGUGAAAGAGACAGACAACACAAAAGAGAACAUCAAGGAGUAAAUCAAGGGGAACAUCAAAAACAUAAACAAGGAGAAGGAAAAGAACACCAGACAGGCCAUCAUGAAGGAACACAAGAGCACCAAAAUAAAGACCAACAUACGAAAGGAGGACCCGACAGUCAGAAAAAAGGCCAACACAGCAAACAUGAGACACAUCACAAGGAUCAACAUGAAAGUCGGGAAAAUGGUCACCAUCAUCAAGACCAACAUACAAAUAAGGAAGCUGAUAGUCAGGACAAAGGCCCCCAUGAAACACAUCACAAGGGUGAACAUGAAAGACGGGAAAAUGGCAAUCAACAAAAACACCAUGAAGGAGAAGAAAACAGAAGAUACAAAGGUGAACAUGAAAAAGAAAACCAACAACAUAAACAAGGAGAAGCAACGGAACAUCACAAGGUCCAUGAUAAAGGAGUACAAGAGCACCAAGAUAAAGACCAACACAAAGGUCAUCAGAAGGAAACACAAAUUCCUAACUCAAAAGAACCAAAAAGGAACUGCACAUGUUGGCAGAAGCCUAAAGAUAGUGGCCCCCAUCAUAAAGAAGAACAAAAAGACCGCCAUCACAGAACAAAAUGCCACCCCUCACAAGGGAAGGCCAGUAAUAAGAAGAAAUGCAAAUUUUUAAGUAGUGAAAGCAGUAGCAGUAGUGCGGACAGCAGCCAGAGUGAAGGCAAACAUGAGCCAAAAUCAAAAAAGUGGCACAGAAUACAACAGCAAAAUAGUGACAGCAAUAGCUUAAGUGGAAAAUCCGCAAAGGGUCACAGAAGACACAGGAAAGGUACUAAGAAGAGGCCCAAUUUAGGCCACCAGAAACAACACAAAGAAAGCAAGAAACAUAGAAAAGAGUUGAGAAGACAUCACAAAGAUGGCAGUAGUACAUUUCCAAACACUGGCCUAAAUGAUACAAGAACAUCAAUAUCACAACAUGAAAUCUAUUCAAUUCCAGAGAUUUCAUCAAAUCUCUUGGAAUUCUUUGAAGUAGGAAAUAUCAAUAGUAAGUUUGAGUCAACAUCUACUCUUACGCAUGGAAGAGCCACAAAGAGCAGCAGUAGCAGCAGCUAUUAUAACCCAUCAUCCUAUAAGUACUCAUCUGGACGACGCUCUUCGGACUUUGUUCUUCUCGUCAAAGCCUUCAUGAGUGGUUCCCAGCACAAAGGAUAUCAAACCACAGCUCACCUCGAAAGGUCUCAUGCGCAGGCGGAGAUUGUUUCUUUGGACCAAAAGAGUUCCUGGAAAACAUGUUUUGAUGCUUCUGUCUCUGGAUUCCACAAGGCCUCUGCCACGAUUAAGUGGGGCACAAACUGCCAGGACUACAUAAUUGCAGCAAAAGUAUCUACAGGACAGAUGUCUGGAGAUCCCGCCAUACAGCUGUCAUGGCAGUGGAAGAGGCUGCCCUCUUGGAUUAAUGGGCUGACUGAAAGUGUCAUGCCGUUUGUUCCUGGAGUGGCAUAUACACUGGGAUUUUCAGAGCUACAUCGUCAAAAUACACCACACCAGGUCACUGUGAGAGUCGCCUCUACCUCUACUGACACAAUCGACACCAUCCUGAGGACCCCUGAGAUGACGAUUUACAAGCAAGGCAUCCCCUUCCCAUUGGAUCUGCCAUUCGCUACUCACUGGAUUCAGAAAAUUCACCUGAUGGACGUCACGGCUCUUCCCGAUGUCACAUCGUUGGUCAAAAGAACUAGCGAAGCCGUGUGCAAAGUGGAUACUGAAAAGAUUGUGACGUUCGAUGGGAUGAACCUGGGGUGCUCCCUUUCCCCUGCACCCUGCUAUACGGUGAUAGCGCAAGACUGCUCCAAUCAAUUAAGGUUCUUGGUGGCCAUGAAAAAAACGGGUCAAGGAUUUUCAACCUUUGAAAUAAAUGUCAAGCUGAGAUCUUCAGACAUUAAAAUCCAUUGUGACACUUCGGAGGAGUUUCAUGUUCAGCUGAAUGGAAUGUGGCUGCUGUUAACGAAUGACACGUACAUCAAUGAAAAAGAAUGUAUCAGAAUCCACAAAAAUGCUACAUCAGUGACAGUGAAGGCUCCAAAGAAUGGAGUGGAAGAGAUCGCCAUCAAUGGGCAGUCUGUCCAGAUCCAAAUCUCUCCUCUGAUGCAUGGACAGACCUGUGGCCUUUGUGGAGAUGCCGAUCACAACCAGCACAAUGACUGGAAAAAGCCAAAUCGUGAACAGGCAAAGAGCUGCAAUGGGUUGGUCCAUUCAUGGACAGUGCCGGGGGGUACCUGCCAGUCUGGCUGUGCCCUGACACGCCAGUACAUGAUGCUGGAAGAUCAGCUCAUUGAUGAACGCCAAUCAACAUGUUAUUCUGCAGAGCCGGUAUUGACGUGUGUGAAGGGCUGUCACCCAACAGCAAGGACACCGUUCCCCGUCGCCUUCCACUGUCUUCCUAAAGAUGCCGCCAUAGGCCUGGCAGACUGGCAAGCAAACCCGAGAGAGUCAUCGGAGGACUUGAUUAAAGACGUAGACGCUCACACCGGCUGUGCCUGUACUGAAGAAUGCUCGGCUACCCAGCAAUGAUCCCAACUUAAAAGCCCUGCAAACUGGCAUGACGACUUUGUAUGCCAGUGUAAUCAAUGCCAUUGAUGGUUAUCUGUCAGAGUUUUAUGAGUUUAUCAGGAAUAUAAUUUUUUUACUUUUACCUGGAAGGAAGCAUUCCCCAUCACACAGGCGACGUCUUCCCUAAUCCCAUGACAGGCCUCCGCAACCUACGGCUAGCCUUAAAUAAGCCAAAAAUGGACGACGCCACCAGAAAAUAGGCAACAGUAACAAAUGUAAAUACAAUGCCGUGUUCUCAGACUUUUACAUAUGUAUUCGGAUGGUAUUGGUACAUUUAUAUAAAGGUCACUUACAUUGUGGGUUUUAAAAAUUUGGUCUACUAAUAAAACAUUUAAUUCUGCAACA